AUGCCUCCUUUUUCCAAGAAGAAUAGAUCAAGUGUGGCCUGCAACUUGUGUAGGGAAUGCAAGUUGAGGUGCAAUAAUAAUAAUGAUGGUAGUCAAUGCCAAAGAUGUGAUUCAUUGAAACUCUCAUGUUCUUACACGUUGAAAAAGUCUCAGAUAUAUAGAAAGAAUAUAACCAAACUUCGACCAACCUUACAAAAUACCAAUUUUAAUUGCAGUAAGGAAAUACAUUCCAAUGAAAGUCAAACUAAAGGUGUUGAAAUAAUUCUCCCAGAAAAGAAGGUGAUGCUUGAAAUUGCUGAAAUUUUUUUUAAAAACCAAUAUAAGGGAAUAUUCCCUUUUUUGCAUAAACCAUCUUUGAUUUCUUUCCUAAAAUCUGCCGAAUUUAAUCCUGAAACGUACAUUAAUGAAUAUAAAGAUAAAUUUUUUAAGGCUAGCUUUUCCAAUUCCUUGAAAUAUCCGGACCCAAUUCUAUUGCUUGCUAUUCUUGGACUCUGCUCCAGACUCCAUCCUAUUUUAUCUCGCAUGUACGGUCGCUUCUCUGAAACCGAGGAACCCGAUUCAUUUACUCCAGAUACUCUGUAUUGCAAAAGUAUAAAUUGUAGCUCACCAGGUUGCAAUGAGUACGAUAUCCAUAACCCAAGCACUACUGAUGAAAUUAGCUCUUUAGAUAAUUCCUCCAAUGCUUCUAGCUAUUUUGGGUGGCACGCAAGAAACCUAAUUAAAGAUGUUUUCGAUAGUCCAACAAUUCAAAGGAUUCAGAGUUUAACUUUACUUAGUAGCCAUGAAUGGGGAGAAGGAAACACAUCUAGAAGCUAUCUUUAUAUAGGUAUAGCAGCAAGAAUGGCUAUGGUGCUUGGGCUAGGAGACGAAAAGAACUUGGCUGCUGACUAUGACAAUGAAGAUGAGCUAGAUGACGUCUCUGAGGUUAUUUCAAUUGAAUGUAAAAGACGGACGGUUUGGUCAGUUUAUAUGAUGGAUAGAUGUAGCUCAAGUGGUCGAGAAAGAUCACCAGCCAUUAGAAUUGAUGAAAUUAGAAUUAGACUACCUUGCGCUGAAGAUGACUUUAUUUUUGGUAACGGUAGUAAUGCUCAAACAUACGUUGGAAUUAUAACAAGUAUCCAUGCUAAAGAUACCCAGGAGUUAAAUAGGACUUCAUUUUAUGGAUUUACGAUCGUAUUAUUUGAAAUAUGGUCAAAGAUUGCAAAAUGGGUUGGCGAAAUUGGUGGAAAGUACGAAAUUAAACCACCUUGGGAAUUAGGCUCUACAUUUGCAAGCCUUUCUGAUGAAUUAAACUCUUUUCAAUUGGCACUUCCAAGACAUUUAGUCUACAACUCAUUUAAUCUAGGGGCACACAUCUCACAAGGAUCGGCGCCAAACUUUGGUUAUCUUCAUGGCCUUUCAUUCUUAUGCCGUAUUUUUUUAAACAGGGAAUACUUGUUUUGUGAUCCAGAUUCUUUUACUUUACAUUGGUGGAGCAGCUCAGUAAGAACUCUAAUGGAGUCAGUAGAGAAAUUAUCUACUUUGAUAAACAGUCUUAGGCUGAAAGAUUUAAUGGUUAUUGCUCCCUUCACUGGAUUUGAAUUAUUCACAGUCGCUGUAACUGGUUUAUAUUUUUAUGCAUUUCCUUCUGAUAUUAUGAUAAAGGACUAUCCAUUUAUAAAGAAUCCAAAAGAUUCCGUGGAUUCUGAAGGUGUCAAAAAUAUGAAAGAAAAAUUCAAGACAAUGUCUUUAGAUAACAUACAAGGGUUACGAAUUUGGAGUGGUGUCUGGGGAUUAGGAAAAAAGUGGCAUAAUCUUGCGAAAUUUCUACAGGAAGAGUUCGAAAACUUUAGUAUCGAUGCAUCCAAAAAUAUACAGGAUGAAACUAUACGACAUACAAUGCAUGAUUAUGGUAAUGGAGAGGUACAAGAAGUAUAUAAUCCGAAAAGCCGUCAAAAAAUGAAAAUUGUCACAUCCGCAGGUACUAAUUGUCUCUCCGCCCCUGCUGGCAAUGAUGAUGGUAUUUUAUUUGAUUCUGCAGGUUGGAAAUCUGAUUCCCUUAUGCAUGAUAAAGGUGUAUUAAGAGAAGAUGCAGUGUUAAAUAUUUCAUCACCAACACUAAAUUUUUUACAUAGCUUUGAUUCUGCGAGUAUCUUCCCUGGUUGGAGUGAUGGCUUGGACAUGUAG